AUGAGUCUGUGGAAGUUCCCGCGAGAUGAUCGAGUACAGCUUCUCGAGUUCCGAUGCCAAAAGCUAAAUCAGUCUUUGGAGAAUCACGCAAUCAAAAAACUGGAAAGUGUUUCUUACCUGACUGUGACUCAGAUCGAGGAUAAGAUGCUGCAGUCGUCGGGUGUCAUUGAGAUAGGGGGCAUAUUGGGAAAGUACUUCUUGGAUUUCCUCGUUCGAGAGAGUGGAGACGUCGUUUCCGAAGUCUAA